GCCCCUUCUGUGCCAAGAACAGAGAGCAGGAGAGGAGUAACACUCCCCAAACCGAUGCCCAAACUCACCCGCACGCACAAACCUCUCCUUUACAUGUGAGAUCGACCACUGCUCUGUCCCUCCUCGGCCUCCUGCCUCGCUUCCUCAGAACCUAGCACAGUGGAGCCAUGUCAGCACAUUCGGACUCAGGUGGCGUCCAUAGCCACUCUCAUCCCUCCUGGUGGCUGGGGCUGCACCAGAGAGCCAGGGGUCGGCAGUCUUACUCGACAGACGGAAGGACCGGUAUUUUGCCAGGACGAAGGGCCACUCUGUCCCCGGUGCUGCCCUUUCACAGCUGGCGGGCCCGGUGGCUGUGGCUCGCCAUGCUAAUUGUGGCCUACAUGCCCUGCGAAGCCUGGGCUUCCACCUACAAAGUGGCCAUCGUGGGGCCCUGGGCGUGCGAUCCGCUCUUCUCCAAGGCCCUCCCCGACCUGGCUGCCCGCCUGGCCACCAACCGCAUCAACAAAGACCCCAACAUCAACAAGGGCUACUGGUACGACUACACGCUGGUCAACGAGGACUGCCAGACCUCGCGCGCCCUCGCCCGAUUCACAGAGCUGGAAGGCCAUGGCUCGGCCUUCCUGGGCCCCACCAACCCUGGCUACUGCUCCUCGGCCGCCCUGUUCGGAAAGAACUGGAACAAGGCCGUACUGUCCUGGUCCUGUCUGGACCCCAACAUGAACGAGGACACAUACCCCACCUUCCUGCGGCCGCUGCCUCUCUCUGCACGCGUGCUCUUCUCCGUGCUACGCUUCUUCCGCUGGCCGCACGUGGCCAUCAUCGCCGCAGAGGGAGACCUGUGGGAGGCCACCGGCCAGGAGCUCGCCUCGGCGCUGCGCGCCCUGGGCCUGCCUGUACGCACCGUGAUCACCAUGGAGACGAACAGGGACGGCGCCCAAAGGGCCCUGCAGGCUGUUCGGGAGACGGACAAAGUUCAAGCUAUCAUCAUGUGCAUGCACUCUGUGCUGAUUGGUGGAGAGGCCCAGCGCCAGCUUCUGAGCACAGCCAUGGAUAUGCAAAUGAUUGGCCGCGGCUAUGUCUUCUUCCCCUACGACACCCUGUUAUACUCUCUUCCCUACAAGGAAACAGAGUACCACAUCCUGGCCAAUGACACAAAGCUUCGCCGGGCCUAUGAUGCAGUCCUGACCGUCACCAUGGAUUCUGGGGAGCGUAACUUCUACCAGGCCUUUAAGGACGCCCAGAACAACUAUGAGAUCCGCACCAGCUCUCCACCUGAACAAGUGUCCCCAUUCUUUGGAACGAUAUACAACUGCCUGUACUACAUCGCCAUGGCGGUGGAGCAGGCCCGACAGGCUGGAGGCCGCUGGGUGUCCGGGAAGGCGCUGGCCAAAAGCGAGGGCGGCUUCGAGUUUGCCGGCUUCAACCAGCCCCUGUCGGCCGGCCGGAACGGGGAGGGGAUGCAGGGCCGAUACGUGGUGCUGGACUCAGACGGGAGCCGCCCCACGCUGCGCUCCACGCACCUGCUGGAGGCGCCGCACACGUACGGCUCCCUUGGGGGCCUCAAGUACCUGGGCCGCUCUAUACACUUCCCCGGGAGCUCCCCCGGCACCGAGUCCAGCUGCUGGUUCAACCCCUACGUCGCCUGCAGUGGGGGCAUGGAUGGGGUCACUCUCUUCUUAUUCUUCAUUUUAGCCUGUAUCCUGGCAGGGGGAGGUGCCUUCAUUUUCAGGAGGAAAUUGAGCAAGGUCGUGCCACUACUUGGAGUGGGAGGGGGUCCCUCCAAAUUGGUACUGACUUUGGAUGACCUGAUCUUUAUCAACACACAAGUUAGCAGGAGGAAACUGAAUGAAGAGAGUGUGCUGAAGAGUAUGCUGGAUGUGAAGACUCCCUACCGCUCUGUGUCAGGUCGUAGCUACAUCCACACAACACCUGAGAACUCCAACGUCGCCCUCUAUGAGGGGGAUUGGGUCUGGUUGAAGAAAUGCCCAAAUGGAGAAACGGUGUCCAGUAUCACUGAAGCCACUAAGAAUACCUUCAACAAGUUGCGGGACAUGCGCCAUGAGAACCUGAACCUGUACCUGGGCCUGUUCCUGGACUCCGGCAUCUUUGCCAUCGUUACUGAACACUGCACUCGCGGGAGCCUCGAGGACCUCCUCAACAACGACGAAAUGCGCCUGGACUGGAUGUUCAAGUCUUCCCUCCUCAUGGACCUUAUCCGGGGGAUGAAGUAUCUCCAUAAUCGUAGCAUCAUCCAUGCCCGCCUCAAGUCUCGUAACUGUGUGGUGGAUGGGCGCUUUGUGCUGAAGGUGACCGAAUAUGGCUUCAACGGCAUCAUGGACGCACAGAACAUGGUUACAGAGGAGAACAAACCUGAGGACCAGCUGUGGACAGCCCCGGAGCUCCUGCGGGACCCCAGGAAGGAGCGGAAGGGAACCUUCCAGGGUGACGUGUACAGCUUCGCCAUCAUCAUGCAGGAGAUCAUAUCCCGCAGCUCGCCCUUCUGUAUGCUGGACAUGCCCGCACGCGAAAUCAUCGACAAGGUGCGAUCGCCACCUCCGCUGUGUCGGCCCUGCGUGUCUGUGGACGAGGCUCCACUCGAGUGCAUCCAGAUCAUGAAGCAGUGCUGGAGCGAAGAGCCUGACAGGAGACCCACCUUCGAGGAGAUCUUCAGCCAGUUUAAGAACGUGAACAAAGGGAAGAAGACUAACAUCAUUGACUCCAUGCUGCGUAUGCUGGAGCAGUACUCCAGUAACCUGGAGGAUCUGAUCAGGGAGAGGACCGAGGAGCUGGAAGUAGAGAGACAGAAGACUGACAAACUGCUGGCUCAGAUGCUUCCCAGGUCAGUGGCCCAUGCCCUGAAGACGGGGAAGCCUGUUAAGCCAGAGCACUUCCCUGAUGUCACUCUCUACUUCAGUGACAUUGUGGGCUUCACCACGAUAUCUGCCCUGAGUGAGCCCAUAGAGGUGGUGGACCUGCUUAAUGACCUCUACACACUCUUUGAUGCUAUCAUCGGCGAGCAUGAUGUCUACAAGGUUGAGACCAUCGGAGAUGCCUACAUGGUGGCCUCGGGUGUCCCUAACCGCAAUGGUAAUCGGCAUGCAGCCGAGGUGGCCAACAUGUCCCUUGACAUCCUGCACUGCAUUGGGGCCUUUAAGAUGCGACACAUGCCCGACGUCAAAAUCAGGAUCCGCAUUGGCCUGCACUCCGGUACUGUUGUAGCAGGAGUAGUAGGUCUCACAAUGCCUCGGUACUGUCUCUUCGGAGACACAGUCAACACAGCCUCCCGAAUGGAGUCCACAGGGUUGCCUUACAGGAUCCACGUUAACCAGAGCACUGUGGAUAUCUUACAUAGUUUAAAACUGGGCUACAAAAUGGAGGUCAGAGGCAGAACAGAGCUCAAGGGGAAAGGAGUUGAAGACACAUACUGGUUGGUGGGGAGAAACGGGUUCAAUAAACCCCUACCCAUACCCCCUGAUUUAUCCGCAGGGGUCAGUAGUCAUGGAAUCAGUCUGGAUGAAAUUCCUGCUGGCAGAAGACAGAAGUUCCUUGAACGACAGAAACAAAUGGGAUACUGAUAUAAUUUUGUGUAUAAUCAGUGAGAGGCUGUAAGGGUGCUGUAAGGGGCAGGGGGGUUGGUAGUUUAGGAUGAUUCCAAGGGCCCUGACUGACAGGGGCCCUCAAAAAGUAUUAGAACAUAGCAUUUUCUGGGGUGGUGCGGCCUAAUGUGAGAUCUUUUCAUGGGGCCCAAAAUCCCUGGAGGCACCCCUGGACAAAGGAACUCCCUCCCAUGGUUUUUGUUUGUUUAUGUUUCUGUAAACUGGUGGUCAUUGUAUUCAAUUUGAUUUAAAGAUGGCUUUUUUAAAAACCAUGUGAAAUGUAUCUAGGCAGAUGCACUCUGAGAAAAACCUAUGAACAGAAAAAAACAGGAUGAAAAUCUGUUUAAUUUUAGUAGACCCUGUGUGUACUUGAUGUAACAGGGAUCGCACCGAAAAUAGCUGUAUAUGAUACAGAAAUAUAACGUGUACAUGCAUUAAGGUAUUACAUUGGCAGAUGGCAAACGUCUGGACAGCAGUGGAGUUAGCAUACUCAUAUAAAGAGCAGCACAAGAUUAAAAUCAUAAUGGACAGUAAAUCCUCAAUUCAUGCUGUAGACCCUGAUGGGCUGUAUAACAUAAAGGAAAGCUGUCUUAUUAAUAUUAAUUAUAUCUCUCUGUUAACAGCAUGUGGACUGAAUUGGAACCAGCAUACCUGAUUCAUGUCAUGGCAACAUAUCUCUAUGUUGGGCAUUUUACAGAAUAGAAUAAAAACAAUACAAUGGACAGCAUUGUAGGAUAUAUGAGCAUGGUAUAUCUUACUGUGAGCUGAAUCAGUUCUCCGUAUUUUCAUAUGUACUGACCUAUUCUGACAGUUCUGCAAAUCCUUUAUGUAUUUAUUACAAAAUGUAUUUUUCAAUGUUUAAUUCAACUUGAAAUACAAAUCUUUCUUGAAUGUGGGACAAAACAAAUGGUGCAUUUGUGAAAUGAGACAUUUUCAGAUCAGUCAACAUAUAAAAAUGACUUAUAUCUCAAAGCUUGUAGAAAUUUAUAUUUUUAAU